AUGGUUGAUGUGAAUUGUCGUGAGUAUACGACAAAAUUCUUCGAGUAUGCAAGAAUGGUACCAACUCUGUCGAUUGACGGCGGCGAUUUUGAAGGUGGAGGUGAUUGGGGGUGUCGGGUGGAGGAGACGGGUGGCGGAGACGUGGUGGUGGAGGUCGUAGCGGGUUGGGGUGCCGCUGAGGUUGGAGGUCGCAGAUGGUGGGGUGCCGCUGAGGUUGGGAGUGGUGGAGGUGGUGGUGGUGGUGGUGGAAGUCGACGUGGAGGUGCAGCCGGUGGGGGAGGUGGUGCCGCCGGAGGUGGAAGUGGUGGGGAAGGAGGUUGCAGCUGUCAGGAUUAG